AAUAAAUAUAGCUGUUAAUAAGAAAUUAAUUGUAAUUAAAAAUACAUAAAUAUAGAAUAAAAAAUGUAUCUAUCACCAUCUCCUAACAGAGGAUCAUACCUAUUAAACACAGAAUAGAAACAAACAUCAGAAGAUUACUUCAAUAGUAGUCCUCAUAGCUAAUACAGUAGCUCCAAGCAAAUUGAUAAGAAAUAGCGCAAAGCCCACAGUAUCAAUGAAAUGAUCAGAAAAGUUGAAUAAGAAAUAAUUAACUCUGAAAUGAGCAUUCAUUAAAAUCAUUUAGAUUAAAAAAGUAAAUCAUCAAAUCACAGUUGCAAUAACUCCUUUUCUAGCGUACUUCAACACUAGUAAUAAAUGCAAUAAUAAUUGAACACCCACAAUUUAUAAUCGCAACCUAAUUUUUUGUAGUCAGCUAGUCCAUGCUAGUAAUCUAAAUAAAUAAAUCAUAAUAACUAUUACUAUCCUACUCAGACACAUCAUGGAUACUAUAUACCUCCAUCUAAACAUAAUUCAUAAACUCAUAGUAUAGAUAUAGCUAAUAAAACAAGUAUAGAUAGCUACUAAGAUAAUGUUAAUAAUAUAAGUAGAAUAAGCACUACUAAGUAAUCUAUUUUCCCACAGAAUACAGUUCCCUCUGCUAGCAGUAGCUCUCAUAUCUUUCCUUAGUAGUAUGUGACUAUGAAAGACUUUAGAAAAGUUCUAGAAGAGUAGCUUGCUAUCAGAGAAUAAAGCAUAAUCUAAUAAAUUAGCUCAUGCCUAAAGGAAUAAAUAAUUCCAGAAAUCAAAAGACAAGUUGUUAAAGAGUUAGACAAAAAAAAACAAUAGAUAGAUGCAUAAUUGUAAAAUAUUCAUUAAGUAGUCCAGGAAAAUAUCUCAGUCUAAUAGUUGGAUGAUAAAAUUUACAAUCUUAAAAUGAGCUUUGAUAAAUCAAAGUUUCUCAAAGCACAAACUGAAUUGAAAACGUAGACUCUUGACUAAAAAUACUAAAAUUUAGAAGAAAGAAUAAAUAAGAUUGAAGAGAAUACUUUUGAGCAUAUUUCCAUCUUUGAGCAAUACAAACUAGAGAAUCAGAAAACUAUUAGUGAUUUCAAGCAAUUCAAUAGAUAAGUAUGCAGAAUAAAUGAAAUAGUUGAAAAACUCUCUAGAAGUUAUAUAAGUUUAGAAUAUAGUGUCAGAAAGAAUUAUGAUGAUAUAUGUUAAAAGAUAAAUGAGUUAGAUUCAACAGAAGAAGUUCCAUUUAACAUUAAAAAAGAUAAAUAUUCUCAAGGACUUAUGAAAGAGUUAAAUAAAUGCUUAACUAAAGAUAGUAAUUAGGCUGAUACUUCUUCAAAUUAAACAGAAAAAAUUUCUGAAAUUCAAGAAAAAUAAGAACCAUAUUGUAAUAACUAUAAAAUUAACAUAAAUUAAAAAAAUUUCAACCCUUAGGUUUAAUUAAAUGAGUAAAAUCAAAACAAUAUUUUCAACUGCUAUGAUAAAAAUAUUUAGCGAGUCCUAUUAGAAAGCUUUGAGGAAUAUGAUAUUUCACCAACUUUGGGUAAAUCAGCUUCUAAAAAAUAGAUGAGCUCAGAUAAGUGUAGAAUACAACCAAAAAACUAAUAAAAUGAAGAUUAUAUUAAAUAAAUAAAUAAUGAAACGACCAAUGAAAAUGAUUACAAUUAUGAUUAUGAUUAUAGUUCAAAAAUAAGAGAAGUCAAUAUUUCAAACAGGAAUAUAUCUCAGAUAUUGAAGUUAAAAAGUAAAUUAGAAAAUAAAGAGUUGAUCCAAGAAGAAAUAGCUGAAUAGAUUGAAGAAUCGAAUGAUUAAGAAAUACCAAGAGCUGAAACACAGCAAUCGAUUGAUAUUCAUUAUGUCAAAAAAGGAUUGCCUUAAAUAUUUCCUUUAGUUUAAUCAACUAACUUUAUGUAAUAUGAAGAGAAUUCAAAUUUUUAGUACUAAGAAAAUGAAUCCCAAUAAAUAAUAAAUGCAGUAUAAUCUAUAGCUUGCUCUGAAAUGAAAUGCAUAAAUUAAAAUGAAAUUGUAUCUUUAGAUGACCCAAUAAAACUCUCAGAAUUAGAUUUAAAUCAAUAAAACUCUAUUUUAAACCAAGAAAAAGAAAGCUCUUAAAAUAAUUUUGUAUUAGGAAAUUAAGUUGAAAGCCUUAAUAUUUAAUAAUUAAAUUUGUAAGAGAGCAAUUCUUUGCAUAAUGAAAACUUAAAUACUUAUAAUAAAAGUAGCUCAAGUCACAAAAAAAUAAAUGAAAAUAGCUAUCAUUCAGCCAAUAAGCAUUCAUCAGGAUCAUUUAAUUAAUGCCCAUUAUAAAAUAAUAACUUCAGUAUAAAAAAGAUUGAUUCAAGCAUAUAAAAAGAAUGUCAGGACCAAUAAAACAUAUCUAUUAACUAAAACAGAAUAAUUUUAUAAUCUAAAAACAUAGAAGAUUUAAUUUAAAACAAAGUAGAUAACAAUAUUAACUUUUCUUUAAAUGAUUCACAAUUUUGA